AUGUUGACGGUAACUGUGCUUGAUUUGGCCUCAGAAAAGGUGCUGCUAACCGUGCAUGAUGUGCAACCAAAUACCAGCAUUCGAACUUUGAAGGAGAAGUUGUGUGCUCAUGAUAAGAAAUACAAGUACGACCGUGUUUCACUUCGACUGGGGCAGCGUGCAAAGGUUCUCGCAGACACCUUCCAUCUCUGUGACAUUGACGGAGUUGAAAAGGCUUCAGAGGUGCGUCUCUACUACAAGGACCUGGGUCCACAGGUGGGUUGGAGUACUGUCUUCUACCUGGAGUAUGCCGGACCUCUCGUCAUAUACGCCUUAGUGUGGAUGCUUCGUCAACCAGGCGUCGGUGUGAAUGUGAUGAGCCCAAUGACGAAGGACCUCGGUCUGCGUCAGAUCGCGUGUAUCUGCUACGUCGGCCACUUCGCAAAACGCCUCCUAGAAACCCGCUUUGUGCACCGUUUCUCCCACGCUACCAUGCCGGUGUCUAGCCUCCGACGCAACUGCCUCUACUACUGGCUUUUCGCUCUUGUCAUCGCGUACUUCACUAAUCACCCACUCUACAAGUUCCCUACCUUUGGCUGGCCUCAGGUCUACGUCGGUUUGGGGCUGUUCUUGAUCGGUGAACUGGGUAACUUCUCCUGUCACCUCGCCUUGCGCAACCUCCGCCCGGCCGGGACGACCGUCCGCCAGUUCCCCAGACCUGUGCCUCGGUCGCCCCUCACGUUCCUCUUCAAGUAUGUCGCGUGCCCCAACUACACCUACGAAACCAUCAGCUGGAUCGGCUUCAGCCUUAUGACGCAGACCCUCCCAGCUGUGGCGUUCACUGCGAUUGGCUUCUGGACGAUGGCUCAGUGGGCAAGGAACAAGCUACGCGACUAUCGAAAGGAGUUUCCUUCCUUCACCAGAGGUCUGAGAGCUAUCGUUCCCUUCGUCUACUAA